UCGAUGUGCUCGGCCUUCAGUCAGGUCAUUCAUCAAACAGAUUUGUUCCAAUUCACAAGCCGAUUCUUCUUGCUUCGGCUACAUUUUCUCCCUGUCGUUUCCUGCAUACAACGCGCACCAUCACACAUCUCAGUCUCGCUUCUCCGCCUCUCCAUUUCCUUCUCAUCUCAUCUCAUCGCGAAACACAACUUGAAAGAAACAGAAAAAAUGCACCGAUCGGUGAGCUGGAACCGAUUCUCCGAUGAAUACUACUCGUCCUCCUCUCCGUCGCCGGCGCUGUCAUCGACGCCAGGCCAGGCGUUGCGAUUAUCAUUUGACGGAAAUGAGCAGCCGACGAGUUAUCCAGCGGAUGAGAUGGUGAAGCGAGAGAAGGCGCGAUUCAAGUUCGCCGCAACUGCUGUUCAUGUGAUUCCUCUCGUUUUGGUGCUCUGCGCCAUUCUUCUGUGGUUCUUCUCCAAUCCAGGUAAGAGAAGAUCGUAACGUAACGCAGGUAGAUUUCGAAUUCUCCUUCUUCGAAUCUUUC